AUGUCUGAGCAAGAGCCCCUGCUACCAGUAUCAGAACACAACGCAUCGGACGCCCAGCAAGAUGUCGGUCCGAAGUUGAAAGAGCGCGUCGCUGCGUUUCUUGAGCACCGUAGGACUCACCAGCUGGUCAUUCUACUGACUCUACUGGACACCGCCAUAGUACUAGCGGACCUCUCGUACACCUUACUUUCACCUGGCUGCGAACCUCCGAGCGAUGAGAACGGCCCUCUGUGGCUUGACGUUCUAUCGUACAUAUCACUGGCUAUAACAUGCUUCUUCUUCAUCGAGAUACCCCUCACAAUAUGGUGCUUCGGAUGGCAGCAUUACAAUCCCUUUGGCAAGGUGCCACAUCGCGGUCUUCACUUCUUCGAUGCGGCCGUCAUCGUUACCACCCUCGUGCUUGAGUUUGCGCUCAGAGGGAAAGAGCGUGAGCUGGCCGAGCUGCUAAUCGUACUACGUCUGUGGCGGUUGGUGAAAGUCGUCGAAGGGGUUGCUGUCGGAACUGGCGAGAUGCAAGAAGAGUCUGGGGCAGAGACUGAGCAACUGCGAGAAGAGGUGCAGAAACUUCGCGACGAGCUUUCUGCGAUGCAACAAGAGAAUAUGUCGCUGCGUACCCAGCUGGCCGAUUUGCAGGGUAACACUGUGUCGUGA